AUGAGAACAGAUGGAAAAUGGAAUGCGAAAGAGUAUCUUAAUGCUGGUGAUGAACGUCGGAUGGCGAGGUUCGCGCAAUAUGCUAUGGUUGCGUCCGAGGAAGCACUGAGCGAUGCUGGAUGGGCUCCGAAGAAGGAAGAGGAACUUGAGGCUACUGGUGUCUAUAUAGGUUCUGGCAUCGGGAGCUUAGACGAUGCUUAUGACACCGCAGUAGCUUUCGACAAGGGUGGAUAUCGAAAAGUGUCGCCCCUGUUUGUCCCGCGCCUCCUUAUCAAUCUUGCGGCAGGUCACAUAUCAAUGCGCUACGGCUUCAUGGGACCAAAUCAUGCAGCCACAACGGCUUGCACGACAGGUGCACAUAGUAUCGGCGAUGCAUCUCGCAUGAUACAGUUUGGUGACGCCGACGUUAUGGUAGCCGGUGGGGCUGAGUCUUGCAUCCACCCUCUUGCUAUUUCAGGAUUUGCAAGAGCAAGAAGCCUGGCAACUGAGUUCAAUGAUCGGCCUACGGAAGCCAGCCGGCCAUUUGACAAAGAGCGAGAUGGUUUCGUCAUCGGCGAGGGUGCUGGGGUUGUUGUGCUUGAAGAGCUGGAGCAUGCCAAAGCUCGCGGUGCACGUAUAUACGCAGAGAUUGCUGGAUAUGGCCUGUCGAGCGACGCGCAUCAUAUGACUGCCCCUCGUGAAGACGGUCAAGGUCCACGACUAGCGAUGAAGAAGGCACUGAAACACGCUGGCUUGAAGCCGGCUUCUGUUGACUACGUCAAUGCUCAUGCUACAAGUACGCCUCUUGGCGAUGCAGCAGAGAACAGAGCCAUCAAAGGUCUGCUCCUUGGUGAGGACGGUAAGGCCCAGGCAUCUGAGAUCAAUGUCAGCAGCACAAAGGGCGCUGUUGGGCAUCUACUAGGAGCCGCGGGUAGUGUGGAAGCGAUCUUCACCAUCCUCGGUCUUCACAAUAACAUUCUCCCACCGACUUUGAACCUUCAAAACCCUGGAGACCCAGCAGCAGAGUUCAAUUGCAAUUAUGUCGCAAACGAAGCGCAGCAGAAAGAGGUCAAUGUCGCCAUGUCGAACAGCUUCGGUUUUGGAGGCACCAACGCGUCGCUUCUGUUUCGAAAGAUGUAA